AUCCAGACAAAUCUGAGUAUAAAUCACUGUGAGGUAUUUUUUGUUAAGGUCAAGAUAUAGUGGCGUUGGGUUGUUUUUCUUUCACGUCCGGUAAUGUCGUGACAAAAAAAUAGUUGCGCGCGCGGGGGCGAAACCGAUGACGCAGAACUUUGAGAGCAAAGUGCACGGUUCAAGAAAACAUCAAAGUGAAACGUUGGUGAUCCAUGGUUCUCCCAGGAACGAAGCGAAAAUAAUUGGAGAACAGGGCAUCUACCAACGAUGUUCCUUAAGUUUUAAUACCAGAUCGUUUCUAACAAGAAACUAACGCCAUAAUUUCUCAACAAGUUACCCUAUUCUGCCAAAGGAAACGCAAGUAGGCCAUGUUUCAGACACUACUUGACAGUCAUUUCGUCGUUUCUUGUAGGAAUAUGAAACGACCCACACUAGAGGAUGCAUCUCGAGUAAGCCGUGAAAUUCCACGAUAUGUAGACGAAAGAGUUCCUUUUGGAAAGGUUUCCCCAAGGACAAAAAUAACAUCUUUAACACAACUUCGCGAGGGAGAUCACUUAAUGGAAGAAAGUCCAUUAGGAUAUUGGCAUCAUUUCAUCGUUGAAAAAGUCCGCCCAAAUUAUGUUUGGAGGAUUCAUAAAACGGGAGACGAACAAACCGGCAAGCGUUCGCUUUUAGCCGGGGAUUCAGCGAUAAAAGCGGAGGUCGUAAGAGACAAAUUUGUGCUUGAACCCUGGGCGGUUGUGUAUCGUGUGGAGUACCCUAAUGUCGACGUCAAGGGCAAAGUCUAUUCCGAUAGAGCUGUUGUAAGACGCGCUCGUAGGCGCCUGGGAGAACGGAACUAUAACGCAUUGCUUAGCAACUGUGAACAUUUCUGCGUGGAAUGUAAAACGGGAAAUACCAUAAGCUAUCAAGUGUACGAUUUUUUCUGGAGUAUGGCAAGACUAGUGAUGAUUGUAUUGAAUGGAAUAUUCGGGAUAACUUUUUUUGUUAUCUGUGAGAGCACCGGACUUGUAGCAAACACAACUGUUGUUCUGAUUGGCUUAUUAUUAAGCUUCCUGAUUGGUCUCCUUCAAGACAUUCUGUCAAUCAUAUUUCUUGUCUUUCGUGCAGAUAGGGCUAGGACACAGGGUCAUGUGACCCCAGUAGAUGCAGAGCGGUUUAAAGCCAAAAGGGUUACACCUGUUGUAUUGGGUUUUGUUGGCGGCAUUGGUGGAGCGGUUCUAGGUUACUAUCAUAUCCCUGUGCCACUGUUUGGUUAUUUUACUGGGGCAUUUUUUGGAAACUUUGUAUGGCAAGCUUUAGGCCUGAUGUUUGGAAGAUGGAUUGCAACAUUUUUGUAAGACAGAUCAGGGUGGUAAAGGGCAUUUUCAUGAAACGAGAUUUGGUCAUUUUUCAACCUAGGAGAAAUGUGAAAUUGUCCAUUUCGACACCCGUGAAACCUGAUUUAACGAUUUAAAAGGCUAUUUUUCAGUCUGUGAAACAUAAAAAAGCCAUUUUGCUGUGAAACUUGAUCCAUUCCCCCUUUUACCACCCUAACAGAUUCCAAUGGUGCAAAUUAUCUGAAUACUGAAUUGAUGAAAUACGUACUGUUCAUAUUACAGCAGAGGAACAAAAAAAGUAUGGAAAGUUUUGAUUUAUUUGCAUACUUUCAAUGUCGUUAUAAGAGCAACUAUAAUAAAGAAGGCAAAGACAUUGAAAUGGCGGUAUGUGAGACACAGAGAACAGCUGUGCAGGAUACUGGGCCUUGUGCCAUGAUCAAAUUUAUUGUUAUCAUCAUGGAAGUGCAGUUGAUCUUCACUAAUUGACUGGUUAUGAAGUAGGGGGGGGCUCCUUUGCUAUAGAACACUUGCUGGAUAGAUUCAUAUGACAUACAAAAAUGUUUAGGGGAAACAUAUUUGACUUUGUAGCUGAAGAAGUAUUUAUAAGGCCGAGUAUUUGGCAAUAAAAUUGGUGAUAGUAAGAGGAAUUCCUAAUUUUUAAGGUGGCUUUGAGAUUCUCCUAAAAUAAACAUGGAAAGCUGUUUCUUCAAAUGAAUAAAUUGUCAAAAUGG